CCCCAAACACCACGUCGACAAAACCGGGGGAAGCACUUCCGGUUCGGAGGCGCGCGACCUGCAUAGCUACUUCCGGGUUCCCAGUUCGUUCGCUCCUCUCGCCACGCUGCACAGACACCGGCGGCCGCCGACUACUACAUCCGGGCCUCUCGCACUGCUGCUGAGACCGCUCCGCGCUCCACCGGGGAGAUGCUGCUGCGGGGCUUGCUGGGCCCUGGUGCCGCGGCCUGGUCCGCGAUCUCGGGGUUGCGGGGGCUGGUGCUGCUGCUGUGCCUGGGGGGCGCCGUGCGGACCUCCGAGAUCACGUUCGAGCUGCCCGACAACGCCAAGCAGUGCUUCUACGAGGAGAUCGCGCAGGGCACCAAGUGCACCCUGGAGUUCCAGGUGAUCACUGGAGGGCAUUAUGAUGUUGAUUGUCGGCUGGAAGAUCCUGAUGGCAUUGUGUUGUACAAAGAGAUGAAAAAACAAUAUGAUAGCUUUACCUUCACUGCAUCUAGGAAUGGAACAUACAAAUUCUGCUUCAGCAAUGAAUUUUCUACUUUCACGCACAAAACUGUGUACUUCGACUUCCAGGUUGGAGAAGAUCCACCUCUGUUUCCUAGUGAGAACAGAGUCACUGCACUUACCCAGAUGGAGUCUGCUUGUGUUUCAAUUCAUGAAGCUUUGAAGUCUGUUAUCGAUUAUCAGACUCAUUUCCGCUUGAGAGAAGCACAAGGUCGCAGCAGAGCAGAAGAUCUAAACACCAGAGUAGCCUAUUGGUCAAUAGGGGAAGCCAUCAUUCUUCUAGUAGUUAGUAUUGGGCAGGUAUUUCUCCUCAAAAGCUUCUUCUCUGAUAAAAGAACCACCACAACCCGUGUUGGAUCAUAACCAGUAGUGAAAUGAUGCUUCAGAUCCACUGUACACUGUUCAACUGUAAACUUACUGUUUUCCAAUUAAUUGUAGAUACAAAAGAACUAAAGAUGGGCAACAGUUUUAAUACCUUUUUACCCCUUCCCAUUCAUUAAAAAUUACAAAAAGUAGUCAAAGUGAACGGGACAGCUUUUUAUUUGAAAUAUUUGGAAAAGUUGAGAACUUACUAUUUUUUUAUGUUUGUGUUUAGCAUCCAGCAGUGAUCUGUUUUUCCUUUAUUUGUAUUCAUUGAUUAAUCUGUGGUAUGCUUUGAAAAAAACCCAAAUAGUUGAUAUGGAAGACAGUACAUGUGAAAAAUUGAUAUUUUAGCUUUUCAGGCUGAAGGUUUUGGAUUAAAACCAAAAGCAAAUGUGAUGAACUGUAGUCACAAAGCAUUGAACUGCAUUGUUUUGAUUUGCUCUGAAAAAUCCAAUUCAUAUAUCUUUCUUUGCUGUAAAACUUGCAAGUUAACACUACAUCAUGGCACAAAUACUGUUCUUCUAUAGAAUGGUAAGUCUCCACUUUUCACACUUGUUAAGUUUUAUUUUUAAACAAGUUUGUUUAAAAAAAGACAUUCUUCCUAUAUUAAAAUAUAAUGAAUUUGUUUUACAAUUUUUUUUAUUGAACAAAUUGUAAACUGAGACUACUCAGGAAACCAAUUUUCUAUACUCUAUAAAAAUCAAAAUUUCCAAGGCUUGCUUUUUUUUUUUAAUGCAAUAAAAUAGGGAGAAUCCUGUAACUUUGUCACUGAAGUUGUGUAGUCUCUGUAGUCAUGUAUGCUGCUGUGGCUCUUCAAAAUUAGGACAACAGUGGUAAACUGGCUUGUUAGGUAGCCCAGCACUGAUACGGGACAUGGUUGUAUGACAUCUGUGUGAGGCACAUACAAAGCUUUCUAGUAAAUCAUUAUCAAGUCCAAUUUGUUAUUUAUACUGCAUUGUAUCUCCAAGGUUGUGAUGCAUUGGUACAUUGUUGCCUUGUGCAUCUAACUGCCACUUCUGGUUUGCUAGUGGUCAUGCAAUGUUUUAAAAGUUUCAGGGUGUCUUUUGGUAGGUUUGCAGUCUACAUUGUUAUCAUUGCUCAUGUCUUUAAUAGAUGCUGUAUUGUGUACUCUGAAAAGUCUUGUUUUAUUAGAACGUGGAAGUUGGCAAACGUACAUAAAUUGUUUGAACUAAGGUAUUCAAAAUAAGGUUAAAAGCUAGUACAGACGAGUUGGGAAGGACUACGGUAAUCUUACCAAUUCUCAAGUGCACAGGAGAAACAACAACUAACCUAAAGACACAAGAAAAUGUAGAGUUUUUCACUGAUUUUCCUCUUAAUUCAAAAGAGGUUGUUAACUUAAAUUGUUAAGCUAGCGUGCAGUAAAAGGACUGUAAUUCUGAUUUGUUGCCAGUGUUCAGAUAUUUUCAACUCUGGAGAAACUAAAAAGUUUGUUUAUAUAUAUUAAAAAAGAGUCAUACUUGGGCACAUGGCAAAAAACUCAGGGCCAUCAACUUAAAACAAUUUAAAUUUCAGUGGUUGUAAUAAAAGGAGGUUCUAGAUUUAUUCUUACUGUGAAUAAAUCAAUUACCUGUAGUCUGGGACAUCCAAGAAAAAAUUGAGAAUUCCUAUUUUAGCGGUCACUGAGGUUGGUAGGUGAAAAACAGGAUCUUAGUUUAAGGAAUCUAGUUGAUAUUCUCAGACCUUGUUUUUAAUUUUUUUAAAGCACCUACAACUUCCUUUAUUUGAAGGGGUAAAAACAAUGCCAGUGCUGGUUACAACUUUGCAAAAAUAAACUAGUGCACAGACUCUUUUUUCCAGAAUGCCACAAGCCUGUGCCUGCAUGUGAUACUCUUCCCUGAUUGUGCUUGGCUGCUUUAUUCUUGUGUGGCAACAAGCUGAUCUUCUGCAGGAUACUUACAAACUUAAUUACAUGCCAUAAUAAAGCAAAUGGGUUCAGUUAAAGCAAGUGUUGCAUGUUUGCCAUUAUAACCAUUUGAUGAAAAUGUGAUCUAAUUUUGGCAGUGUCCCAUUGUAAUCUUCUGAAGCUUGAACUAUCACUUGUAAGUAGAUCAGUUAAUGAGUAGCUUUAAUUGCAAUGAAAACAUUUGUUUUAAAGAUGUGAAUUUUUUACUUUACAUUAGUUGCUUCAUGUUACUGUCAAAAUUGCUAAAUGGUGUAGGCCAAAUAUUGGUUUAUAUCCUCACAGAUUCUCUCUCUCCCCCUCUCUCUUUCUUUUGUCUUUUUAUUUUUUCCCGUUUGAAUGUGUAAAGUGGAACUGUUUAGCUCAGUAUACCUUCCACUGCAGAGGUCUUGUGGAAUUGACUGUUAAAUUGAAGUUGGGUAUUCAAACCAAUCCUCCUGUAUCUUAAAAAAAGCCUUUAUUUUUCUGUUCUAAAAACAUGGCACAAAACCACACAUUUAAACAUAGCUGUAUAUAUUUUUUAGAAUAAGUGACUGAAUAAAAUUAAUAGAAUAUAAUAGACACAUGCUAACAAAUCAACAGUGGGUGAAAAAACAUUUUAAGGUGUGUGACAAUUAAAGCUUCAUCCUUUUUAUAUUAAGGACAUGGUUCAAAUAAGAGGUGUAUGGUACACAGCUAAAUCACCCAGUGUUUGAUAAAAUACAAUUUUAUUAUGUACUGCAAAAGACACCAGUUUUUUUACUAUUCUUUGGAUGUUUAUGUUUACGGAACCUCUUCUUUUUUUUUUGUGGCCUGAAAUGUCAAUUCCUGUUUUAGUUUGAAAACAUUUGUUAGUUUGAAUAAGACAAAAGGCAGACCCUGUGAAUAUUGUAUGGGAAAAUAAAAAUUAAUAUAUGAA